AAUCUACGAAAGCAAUUUGCUACUUGAAGUUGUCGGAGGGCUUCAGCUCAUCAUGAUUUACAUGAGCUUAACUGCCUCCUCAGACACAGCCACGGAGGACGAAUGGGAAGAAGAGGAGCAGCUGGUUGUGUCUGGAAUGAUCAGCUCUGAUUUAAUCUGCAGUCGGCAGGGCGCGUGUAAGAUCGUGGACAGUGACAGCGAGCAGCCCAUGCAGGUGGGUCGCUAUCUGUUCGCUUGGGAGUACGAGGAUGCCAUCGGAACAUGUGUGAUUUUUGAAGAGGACGGUGCAGGUUCUAAUUCAGCUCUUAAAUACAAAUGUCACGCAAUGAAGAAGCUAAUGCUUCAGCGGACGUUUCUGUCGGAGAGGAAGGAGGACGAGCCCGUCUCUGGCAGAAUAGAGGUGCUGGCUCUCCAAGAGGAAGAAUCGGUCGGCAGGAAGAGCGCAGUUUGUCACUACCUGGAUCCCAUCGACACAGAGAGACCUGUGCUAGACGAAUCUAAAGAGUGCGAGGACCCAGACACGAGCGACGAAUCAGCGGAGACUGACCCUGGAGAACUAAAUAUAAAACUUCUGCUUUAUAGAAGUGGUUUUAUAUUUUGUUAACACAAAUGUAUGUGUCUGUCACAUUUGCUUAUUAAUUUUAUUAAAGAUGCACAUCUAUCUUAUGAUAAAAGUUAUUCAGAUUCAGUGGUUCACUACUGAAUCAUUCAGGUUGAUUUCACUUUGUGCACCUCAGUAUUGUACAUUAAUAGGAUGCAAAAGUGUUAAUGGAUUAAUUUAUUAAAAUUAUUGAAUAGAUGCUGCCUUACUUGGACAACAUAGCCCUCACUAUUGCCUACCUGCCCCAUUACUGCAUCAUUAUUAAACACUCGUUGUUGCUUGGCCCUAA